GAAGGCGGUGAGGAAAGUUUAGUGUUCCCUGGCAAUGGAAGGUGGGAGUAUAAAACAGAGCAAAACGGUCCGGCUGCCUUCACACGGCUGCGUAUAGCCCGCGCACUUCACAGAAUCAGUGUAAACAGUAGCUGAUAUCGGCACGGUUAAAUAAAUAGUGUGAAUCUAGCCGCGGGGAUUAAGGACGUCUGGCAGUAUAACGGUAAAUAACUGUGUGGACACUUGGCUGCAGUUAUUUGCGCGUGCUUUACCGUAUAACGCUUUUUUUCUGAGGGAGCCUGGGUAUACUGAAGAGAAGAACUGUUAAAGAAUUUAUUGUGGACUCUUUUAUUAACUCGUAUGGUUUUUUAACGUGGAGCAGGCUGAUGUUCGUCCAUAUUUUGUUCCUCACUGAAACUGAAAAACGAGAAGUUUAUUUGGAAGCGUGCAGGCCCUUUUGGGAAGAGAUUUUCUUUAAUUUACAGUUUCCCACGGAAUAUUUUAUUUCGAGCUAAUUUUUCUCACCAUCAUUAAAGCAUCUCUUCACAUUUGAAACAUGAGUAUGGAAGCGUUUCAGUUAAAGAUCGUGAUUUCCCUUUGGUGUCAGCUUAUGAUUGCUGGAUUCAGCCAGGAGAUUGGAGCUUAUGACAUAGAGCGGGGAAGGCAGGCGAAAUGCGAAAUCAUUACGAUUCCCAUGUGUCAGGACAUCGGCUACAACUUGACUAGGAUGCCCAAUUACAUGAACCACGAGAGCCAAGUGGAGGCUAGCAUUAAGCUGAACGAGUUUUCUCCUCUGGUGGAAUACGGCUGUGAUGUGCACUUGCGCUUCUUCCUGUGCUCUCUGUACGCUCCAAUGUGUACUGACAAAGUGUCCACCUCCAUCCCGGCCUGUCGGCCGAUGUGCGAGCAAGCACGCCAGAAAUGCUCUCCCAUCAUGGAGAAGUUCAACUUCAGGUGGCCCGAUUCGCUGGAUUGCUCCCGGUUGCCGACCAAGAAUGACCCCCAUGCUCUGUGCAUGGAGGCACCAGAGAACGACACCAGGACAGAAACCAAAAAGGGUGAAGGCAUGUUACCUGUUCCACCCAGGCCGCGACAGCCAGGUGCUGGGAACAGCCAAUCUCCUGGGAGCCUGGGUUCCUGUGAAAACCCAGAGAAGUUUCAGUACGUGGAGAAGAGCCAGAGUUGUGCUCCCAGGUGUUCCUCGGCUGUGGAUGUCUUCUGGUCCAGACAGGACAAGGAUUUUGCCUUUAUCUGGAUGGCUGUGUGGUCGACAUUCUGCUUCGUCUCCACUGCCUUCACCGUUCUCACUUUCCUCCUGGACCCACACCGCUUCCAGUACCCUGAGAGACCCAUUAUCUUCCUGUCUAUGUGCUACAACGUCUACUCUGUGGCCUUCAUCAUUCGCUCCGUGGCUGGUGCGGAGAACAUCGCCUGCGACCGGGAGAACGGCGAGUUGUACAUCAUCCAGGAGGGACUGGAAAGUACGGGCUGCACUAUCGUUUUUCUCAUCCUCUACUACUUUGGCAUGGCCAGCUCCAUCUGGUGGGUUAUCCUCACGCUCACGUGGUUCCUAGCAGCCGGUAAGAAGUGGGGGCACGAGGCCAUCGAGGCCCACAGCAGCUAUUUCCACAUGGCCGCUUGGGGCAUUCCCGCCAUGAAGACUAUCGUCAUCCUUACCAUGCGGAGAGUGGCAGGAGAUGAACUGACGGGCCUUUGCUACGUGGGCAGCAUGGACAUGAAUGCACUGACCGGCUUUGUGCUGGUCCCCCUGUCCUGCUAUCUCAUUAUUGGCACGUCGUUCAUUCUGACGGGCUUUGUUGCUCUCUUCCACAUCCGUAAGAUCAUGAAGACCGGUGGUACCAACACAGAGAAGCUGGAAAAACUCAUGGUUAAGAUAGGAGUUUUCUCCAUCCUCUACACAGUCCCGGCCACCUGUGUCAUCAUCUGCUACUUUUAUGAAAGACUCAACAUGGAUUACUGGAAGUUCAGGGCUCUCGAGAGCAAGUGCGUUGUAUCCCCAGGCCGCCGGAAUGAGGAUUGUUCCCUAGACCACUCGGUGCCAACGGUGGCGGUCUUCAUGCUCAAGAUAUUCAUGUCCCUGGUGGUGGGCAUCACCAGUGGGGUGUGGGUUUGGAGCUCAAAGACUCUGCAGACCUGGCAGGGCUUGUGCAACAGGAAGCUGGCUGUCAGGACUAGCAGGAAGCCCUGCAAUGGCGUCAGCUGCAGCAGUACGCACUGCCAUUACAAAGCACCCGCAGUGGUCCUUCACAUCGCCAAAACAGACCCCUAUUUAGAUAGUCCUGCUCAUGUCUGAAUCUUCCAUUCAGCUCCCAAAUCCUUAUGAAUGAAGCCAAAGGGAGGGAAAAAGACUUGAUUCUGUAGAGCAUAGGUUGGACUACACUCUGUGCUUUGUAGCCAUGCCUAGCAGGGAACUGACUUUGUGUGUUGACCCAAGGGGCAACAUCUAUCGCAUUUUGCAGACCUUCAAAAAAGCUAAUUGAAUUCGCCACAGAACUGGAGAAAAGCCAGUUGUCCACACAAACCACAUUCGUACGAUAGAUUAAAGGGAAAAUACCCGGUACAUCAUAUGGUAGCAAUCGUGUAAAUUUGUAUAAUCACUGGCGCACUGUGUACAAACAAAAUAUAAUUUCAAAAGAAAAUAGACUUGCAUGGAUGUGUUGAAAUGGUUGUAUUUUCUCCUCUUAUACGAUAGUGUAAAGAUAUUUAUUGUAUUGAGUAUUUAAUUUCAGUUCUAAGUGGUGUUUCAUGUGUUCCUAUGUAUAUAAGCGCGCAUAGCAAGGCCUUAAGCGAGAGAUAUACGUUUAAAAUCGAAGGAAUUCAGUGCCUUCAUGGAAACAAUAUUGUCAGUAAUAUGAAAUGUUAAUAAAAACAUGUUUAUAUAUUUUCAA